GCCUGCGUGCAAGGAGCCCGUUGAUUGGUAGGUGUUCCCCGCCGGACCAAUGAGGGUGCAGGGUGGGGCAGAGCUAGGCGCCGGGGUGUUUGGAUUCGAACGGAACUCCUGGCCGGCGCAGGCGCAGUUUGAGGCAGGCCGACCGGUGUUGCCAUCUAGUGACGGGGUAGGGGAUGCCGGGCGAAGAGGAGGAGGAGGCCGAAGCGGGGGUCGCGGGCGGCGCCUCCUCCCCGCCGGCGGAGGAGUGGGGCACUCGGCAGCGCUAUGAGGAGCUCUGCAGCAGCCUCAACAUGGACGAGCGCGCCCGGGCCGAGGCCUGGCUCAGCUACCAGGGCAUGAAGCGUAACUACACCCUGGAGGGGAAUGAUCUACACUGGCUAGCAUGUGCCUUAUAUGUGGCUUGCAGAAAAGCAGUCCCAACUGUGAGCAGAGGGACAGUCGAGGGAAACUAUGUAUCCUUAACAAGAAUAUUGCGCUGUUCAGAACAGAGCUUGAUUGAGUUUUUUAACAAGAUGAAGAAAUGGGAAGACAUGGCAAAUCUACCCUUGCAAUUCAGAGAACGUACCGAGAGACUGGAGAGGAACUUCACUGUUUCUGCUGUAAUUUUUAAGAAGUAUGAACCCAUUUUCCAGGACAUUUUCACGUAUCCUCAAGAUGAUCAACCUCGUCAACAAAGAGGAAGAAAACAGAGGUCAUUCUUCUUUCUUCUGGGCUUCUCUUUACGACGACAGCCUUGCACAGUCUCUGAAGUUUUCCAGUUUUGUUGGGUGCUGUUUGUUCAUGCAAAAGGAAAUUUUCCCAUGAUCAGUGAUGACUUAGUCAAUUCCUACCAUCUCUUGCUAUGUGCUUUGGAUCUAGUGUAUGGAAAUGCUCUGCAGUGUCCUAAUCGUAGGGAACUUCUGAAUCCUACCUUUAAAGGCCUUCCUGAAGACUUUCACAGUAAGGAUUAUAAACCGUCUUCUGACCCUCCCUGCAUCAUUGAAAAACUCUGUUCCUUACAUGAUGGUUUGGUUUUGGAUGCCAAAGGCAUAAAGGAACAUUUUUGGAAGCCAUAUAUUAGGAAACUUUUUGACAAGAAGAUUUUAAAAGGCAAGGAAGAAAAUCUGACUGGAUUUUUAGAUCCUGGGAGUUUUGGAGACAGCUUCAAAGCCAUCAACAAAGCCUAUGAAGAGUAUGUUUUGUCAGUUGGAAAUCUGGACGAGCGGAUAUUUCUGGGGGAGGAUGCAGAUGAGGAAAUUGGAACUCUGCGAAGAUGCCUAAACACAGCUUCAGGAAUGGAAACAGCUGAAAGAGUGCAAGUGAAGUAUAAUCUGCAACAGCACUUUGACAGAUCUAAAUCACUUAGAAUUACGACACCUCUUACUGGCCGCAAGUAUAUUAAAGAGAGCAACCCCAAUGUGACCCCUGUUUCCAUAGCAACAUACAACUUGAGCCGCCUUCAUACAAUGCUGACAGGACUAAAAAAUGCCCCCAGUGAAAAUCUGGAGCAAAUACUGAGGGCAUGUUCCAGGGAUCCUUCUCAAUCUAUUGCAAAAAGAGUGAAAGAAAUGUAUGAAGUAUAUUGUCAGUGCACACAAUCUGAGGGAGAAUUCAGUAAUUUCUCCAAGGAUAAUGCUGGCAAGCAUUUUCGUCUUGCUGAGGUUCUUUACUACAAGGUAUUAGAGUCUGUCAUUGAGCAGGAGAGGAGAAGAUUAGGAGACACCGAUUUAUCAGCAAUACUGGAGCAGGAUGUGUUUCAUAGGUCUCUCCUGGCAUGUUGCCUUGAGAUAAUUACUUUUUCAUACAAGCCUCCUGGAACUUUCCCAUUUAUUACUGAAAUCUUUGAUGUACCUGUUUAUCACUUUUAUAAGGUAAUAGAGAUUUUUAUUAGAGCAGAAGAUGGCCUUUGUAGAGAGGUGGUAAAACACCUUAAUCAUAUUGAAGAGCAAAUCUUGGAGAGUAUGGCAUGGAAAUGUGAAUCUCCAUUGUGGGACAGAAUCCGAGAUAAUGAGAACAAAGUUCCUACAUGUGGGGAGGUAAUGCCACCUCACUAUUUUGAAAGAUCUAAUGGGAACAGUCUGGUAGGCUCUCCUUUGACUCCAAGAAGGAUCAAUGAAGUUCGUGCUGAAACUGGAGGGCUUGGAAAAGGCCUUUCGUCUUCUCCAACCACAUUGUAUGACAGAUACAGUUCUCCUACAACCAACCCUACUAGGAGAAGGCUAUUUGUGGAUAAUGAUAAUCCCCCUGACAGUGGAACUCCUGUAAGAGUUUCACAGCAGCCUGUAGUAAAUACUGUGCCAGUGCAGAAUGUGACACCUGAAACUAUGUCAGUUACUCCAGUGCCUGGACAGACUUUGGUUACGGUGGCAACUGCCACUGUCACAGCCAACAACGGACAAACUGUUACAAUACCGGUACAAGGCAUUGCCAAUGAAAAUGGAGGAAUAACUUUCUUCCCAGUUCAGGUAAAUGUAGGUGGCCAGGCUCAAGCUGUCUCUGGCUCCAUCCAGCCACUCAGUGCCCAGACCCUUGCUGGUGGUACCCUUAACACUCAGAUGAGUGGGACGACCCUUCAGUUACCAGGCCAAGUUGCAGUUCAACAGAUCUCUCCUUCUGGAGACCAACAAAGACAAAACCAGCAGUUCUCUACCACCACCACCAGCAAACCCCGAAAGACUGGCUCUCUGUAUCUUUUCUUUAGAAAGGUUUAUCACUUAGCAAGUGUUCGGCUGCGGGAUCUCUGUGUCAAACUGGAUAUUUCUGAUGAGUUGAGGAAGAAAAUCUGGACAUGUUUUGAGUUUUCCUUGGUACAGUGCCCUGAGCUCAUGAUGGACAGACAUUUAGACCAGCUGUUGAUGUGUGCCAUUUAUGUAAUGGCUAAGGUGACAAAGGAAGAUAAGUCAUUUCAGAACAUCAUGCGCUGCUACAGGACCCAACCACAAGCAAGGAGUCAUGUAUAUCGGACUGUCCGGAUAAAGGGCAGAAGACAACGCCGUCGUUCUGGCAGUAGUGAUAGCAGUAUCCAACAGAAUUCCCCAACAGAGAGAAGUAAAGAGAGAACUAGCAGAGACUCUAGUCCUGUCAUGAGAUCUAGCAGCACUCUGCCAGUACCACAGCCAAACAGUGCACCCCCUACUCCCACACGACUGACAGGUGCAAACAGUGAUAUUGAGGAGGAGGAGGAGCGAGGGGACCUUAUUCGGUUCUAUAACAACAUCUAUAUUGAACAAAUGAAAGAAUUUGCCCUGAAGUACUCUUCCACAAAUGCUACUGAUGCUCCUCCACUAUCUCCUUAUCCAUUUGUAAGAAUUGGCUCCCCCCGCAGAGUACAGCUGUCCCAGAAUCACUCAAUCUACAUCUCACCACACAAAAAUGAGUCUACACUUUCUCCACGAGAGAAAAUAUUCUACUACUUCAGCAGUAGCCCCUCUAAGAGGCUGAGCGAGAUUAACAGCAUGAUUAGAACUGGAGAGACCCCCACGAAGAAGAGAGGCAUUCUCUUGGAAGAUGGUACUGAAUCACCAGCCAAACGGAUCUGUCAGGAGAAUCACACUGCUCUACUAAGAAGAUUACAAGAUGUAGCAAAUGAUAGAGGUUCUCACUGAGUUUAAUUACUUGUUUGUGUUCCAGAGUAGAUAUUCCCGUUCUUCAUCUGUCCAGAGUGUGAAUGCUAAGCCUGUGUGAGCAUCUUCCAUUUCAAGACUGCCAUCUUCCUAGCUAACCUGUGGCUGAGAGUGGUAGUAUUUGACCUUCAAACAGAAAUCUCCCUUUAGACUGCACUGAGUCUUUGAACUGUCCCAUAAAGGGGAGUGGAGACUGAUGCUUUGUCUCAUUGUGAUCAAGCACAUUGCUAAGUGAUACUUCCACCUCUGAGGCUAACCCAAGGCAUUCAGAUUUCACACUUGGGCUUAUAUGCUGUGCUUUACUAUGAGGACAUGUGCAAGUUUUUAUAUAUAAUUUUGAUAUUUAUUGCUGAGACAAUGUACCCAAUAGUUUCCUAGCUUGUGAUAGGAAUUGUGUGUACAGGGUUUAGCCGCCAGCUGCAUACACUGUUUUUCUUGGUGCUUUACGAUUCUUUUUGCCUAGCAAGUCACUAUAACAAUGUACUGGUCGGAUCCAGGAGUAUUGCACCAAAUUAUGCAUGGGUGAGUUUUUGUUUUGGUGGUAGGGAUGACCCAUGAUCUCUAGUGCUACAACUAGAAAUGCUGACAGCCCAGUUGCCCAGGUUGGACUUCAGCACAGGCUGGGAAGAUUUCUCUUCUCCCCUCCACCCCCCGCAAGGAGGUAGGGAAAGAAUACCUUAUGGAGUUACCUAAACUGAGUCUCUUCAGGCUUGAACAAUUAGGUUGUUUUGUUUUAAUGGUGGGGAACUUUGCUGUGGAGGCAAUUCUGUUAAUGCAUUUUUUUUAAAAGAACUCAAGUUCAAGGGGAGGCACUUUUGAUAGGGCUGUGAAGCAUAAACUGCAAGUUACUUUUGCUGUAUAUUUGCAAUGGCACUUUCUGAAUGUAAAUAUUUUUCACAUAGCUGAGGCUAAGAUGUGUUUCUGUAUUAAAAUGAUUAUUCUAUUUAUUUUCAAAUGACAUCCCCUUGAUACCCUGUCAGUAAAUGAUGUUAAGCUAAAACUAAUUUUGUGCAUAUGCAAGUACUGAUAUGGGAAGUUUGCUUUUUCCCAACUCAAUAUCCAGAAUCUUUUUUUAGUGCUUUUUCAGAGGUAGCCAUCUUGUUGCCUCAUGAGAGAGAGGAUGGUAGUUAUGUCUUCCUUUUAAGGUUUAUUUUUAAAUGGCACCUUCAUGGAACUAGACUUAAUCAGGAUGCCCAGGAGACAUUUCUUCUCACAAACUGGAAAAUGUACUGUAAAGACAUCAGCAUGAGGCAGGAUACAAUGAAGCACCUCCCCCCAAAAAACCCCAACUCUGUACAGCAGUGUCACUGUGAAAAGUGAGACAAAUUUCAUUGACCCCCUUACUUAUACUUGAGGCAUAAGUGAAGGGAUCAAAUGUUUCACAUGAAGAGAUUCAUUCAACUGUAAUAACUAAUUGUAGAAGAGUAUUGGUGACCACUAAUACAGCAUUUAUCACUUUCAAGAUUUGUUAAACAGCUACUUAAAUUCCAUGUUUUCAAUCAUUCCUGUGCAGACAAUAACUAUUAGAAUGGAAAAUUAUGGAAACUAUUAGGGUUUGAAUUAAAAUAAAAGUUACUGGUUAACUUUAAUUUCAGUAUCUUUAUUAUGCAUGUUAAAAUAAAGAUCAGUUUUGAGUUUCUGUACAUAAUUUAUGAACUAUCAGAUUCUUAUUACAAUACUGUAACCUUACUUUGGCUAAAGUAUUUUUCAAUAAAGACCAUUAUGAACAUC